UUGACAUUUCUACUUAUUUUGAGAAAUAGCGGAUUAGAAUUUAAAGAAAAUAACUCGAAUGAAGCAAAUUUAAGAUAUUUAAAUAAUUUUAUGAAAUAGAAUUAUUCCGUUAUUUACAAUAUUACAUUGUGUUAUAGUUUAUAUAAGGAAGUAAAAACAAAAUGAGAAUUGUAAAGCCAAUAUGGAAAAUUGGAAGACGAAGUGUCAGCACCUGGUCUCCAUUAGCCACAGCCUUCAACACGAGACCAAUACAUAGACCUAUAUUUGACUCAUUGAGAGAGAGAACUGGUCUCUUCAACAAGCCAGAGUUAACAAGCUUUGAGGGUUUUUACACACUCAAAGAGCAAGCAAUAGCAGCUACAGAUAGGCUUAUAGAGGAAGCCACUACAAACCCAACAAGGCCCAUGGUAGAGAUAUUUGAUGAGCUCUCAGACACCCUAUGUAAAGUUGCAGAUCUUGCCGAGUUUAUAAGGAUAGCUCACCCUCAACCCCACUUUGCCAGUGCAGCGGAAGAUGCCUGCAUCAGUGUCAGUGGUGUUGUUGAAAAGUUAAACACACACAAAGGAUUGUAUGAAGCAUUAAGGGACUCAGUUAAAAAAGGUACUUCAGGGGAUAAGCAUUUAGCAGAACUGUUUCUAUUUGACUUUGAACAGAGCGGCAUUCAGUUAGAGGAGAAUGCUAGGCGGGAAGUUGUUGCCUUGAAUGACCUAAUACUACAGACAGGACAGCAGUUUAUGGCUGGUGCCGCAAAGCCUAGACGAGUCCCUAGAUCUGUUGUGCCACAGAAUGUUAGACAAUUUUUCAGCACAGAGGGAGAAGAUGUCAUAGUGAGUGGUGUGUAUGCCGAGUGCGGAGAAGCAGCCGCGAGAGAGGCUGCAUACCGUCUGUACCUCGCACCGGAUAUUAGACAGGAACAGUUGCUAAGCACCACACUCCGGGCGAGGCAUCGGUUGGCACAACUCUGCGGUUUUGAUAGUUACGCCGAUAGAGCAAUAAAAGCCAGCACAAUGGAAAAUUCCUCGAAUGUACGUGAAUUUCUCGAUAUAUUGUCAGAUAAUCUUCAUGAUAGGGCCAAUGCUGAUUUCGAGGCAAUGGCGCGUAUGAAACGGCAAGAAUCUCCAUAUCAGGAAAAGUUAAUGUGCUGGGACACUCCAUAUUUUACUCAUAAAGCAAAAACACAGUUACUCAAUGUGGCCAAUUCAGACUUCAGCCCAUAUUUCUCACUAGGAGGGUGUAUGGAAGGUCUGAAUAUGCUGUGUCAAGAAUUGUAUGGUAUUACUUUGAAAUCAGAAGAAAUGUUGCCAGGAGAAUCCUGGGCACCUGAUGUGUACAAAUUGGCCGUCGUCCAUGAGACAGAGGGUCUUUUGGGUCACAUAUAUUGUGAUUUAUAUGAGAGGGCAGGAAAACCACACCAAGAUUGUCAUUUUACUAUACAAGGAGGAAAAUUGUUACCUGACGGAACUUAUCAGAAUCCAAUAGUGGUGAUAAUGUUAUCGCUGAGCGGCGGGCACCGCGGCGGGCCGGCGCUGCUGAGCGCGGGCGCGGUGGACAACCUGUUCCACGAGGCGGGGCACGCGCUGCACUCCAUGCUGGGCCGCGCGCCGCACCAGCACGUGGCCGGCACGCGCUGCGCCACCGACCUGGCCGAGCUGCCCAGCGUGCUCAGCGAGCACUUCGCCUCCAGCCCGCAGGUGGUGCGCCGCUUCGCGCGCCACUUCCAGACGCGCGAGCCGAUGCCGGAGUCCAUGCUGCAGCGGCUCUGCGCCUCCAAGUAUCUGUUCGGUGCCAGUGAGAUGCAAUUGCAGGUGUUCUACUCGGUGCUGGACCAGCUGUACCACGGGGCGGGGGGCGGCACCACGGACGCGCUGCGGCACGCGCAGCAACACUACUAUGGGUUGCCGUAUGUUGAGAAUACGGCGUGGCAGCACCGCUUCAGCCACCUGAUCGGUUACGGCGCGAAGUACUACUCGUACCUGAUAUCGCGCGCGCUGGCGUGGAGCGUGUGGCGGCAGAACUUCGAGGCGCGUCCACUCAGCCGCGCGGCCGGCGACCGACUGCGACACGCGGUGCUGCGCCACGGCGGCGCCAAGGAGCCUCAGAUAUUACUGCGUGACUACUUGGGCACUGAGAUCACUCCGCGCGCGAUGGCCUCCGCUCUCACAGACGAGCUGGACUACCACAAGGACCAUUUGGACACUCUGCUAAAGACCCUGGAGAAAUAGACUGUUUGGUUGAUGUACAGGAACUGUUUAUAGAUGAAUUGUGUGAUGCUUAAUCCAAUGAAUUUAUCCAAUAUAAUUGGCUUGGUACAUUCGUUAUAAUGUUACCCUGUAUCAAAAUUAUAACAAAAGUGACCAGGUUAAUUUGGUGAAUGGACAAUGUAAUCUUUGUCAUUUAUAAAUUAUACAUAGAAUAUUUGAAAUAUUUGUGGGAGAUAUUCGAAGUAAUUACAAAUAAAUCCCUUUUCAAUUUCUAUCCCAAUCACCUUUGUAAAACCAAAUAUACGUAAAAAAACUUUUUAGUCCCCCAGCAAAUUCAAUUCAAAACUUUCCAAUUACAUAUUCAAUGACAAAACAAGGUCUAACAUAAAUCAUAAAUAACUAGUAAAUAACAAGUACAUAAAUUUCACUUACAUAUGGUUAAACCAAUUUGAAAACUUCAUAUUAAACUAAUCAAGAUUGGCUCAAAUUAUAGAUGCAAUUAUUAUGGUCUUGGUACCUUUGGGAGGUUAUUCUAUGCUUGCCAUAAUUUAUCAAUUAUUUAAAGCAAUAUAUAACUAUAGUUUAUUUCUAUUAUUUUAUUUGACAUAUGUUGCUCCAUAAUCAUCAUUACAUUGUCUUCCAUUUAUGAAAAUGAAUAAUAAUUCGAGCUUAUUUCGUGUUACUGGGAUAUUUGAAAUCGAUAAUAAAUUUCUGGAUUAAUUUUCUGUCUUGAAAUGCAUAUAACGCUUCUGUGAAAUUGUAUGUAUGAAUGUUUCGAUAUGACGAUAUGUGGAUGCAUCUCAUUUAAAUAAAAAAUAACGUAUCUAAUCUUCCACCUUAUAUUUAUUUGUAUAUUUAGAUCUUUUAACAAUUCUGAUAGUAUUAUGUAGAAUCAUUUGUGAGUUAUUUUAAGAUGUUGAAAUAAAACAAACUCGGAAAAUUA